AUUUGUCCCAGGGAGAGAACAUUUAUCUGAACCACCAGGACACAGAGGUAACAAAGGUCCGUCUCGACCAUGAAGUUCUCUUUCGUUGUGGUUCUUGCCUUCAUCCUCCCUCUCAUCAGGGCUCAGGUGCCCCACUGGGGACCUUGUCCAGACCCAGCUGUUCAACCGGCCUUCAUCCUCAAACAGUUCAUGGGGAGAUGGUUUGAAAUUGCCAAACUGCCGGCCCAGUUUGAGAAGGGCCGCUGCGUCGAAAGCAAUUUCACUUUGAGGACGGACAGCUCCAUUCGAGUGGUCAGCUCUGAAAUACUAACAGGAGAGCUGAGGAAAAUCGAAGGGAUUGGAGUCGUAGAGGAUAUCAAGAAUCCGGCUAAACUGGGAAUAAGUUAUUCCUAUGUCCUGCCCUACUCCCCUUACUGGAUCCUGUCUACUGACUACGUGAACUUUGCCCUGGUGUAUUCCUGCACGGACAUCCUGAGGAUCUUCCACGUCGACUUCGCCUGGAUCCUGGGCCGAACACGAGCCCUGCCGGACGACACCAUCAAGACAGCCAUGGAGACCUUCGCCAAGAGCAACAUCGACGUGAGCAGGAUGAUUCCCGGCAAGCAGCAAGGCUGUGACAAAACUCUCUGAGCAGCACGAAAUGGCACCGUUGUUGACAGGAGAGAAAAUGAUUUAUCAUCCAUUUAAGACAAAUAUUUGACUAAUAUUUAGAUGAUUAUGACGAGGGGUGUAGUGGAGGGUAGACUCAGUUCAGUUACUCUGUUUGUUUAUGUGUGGUUAAGACAAUAGAAUAUUUACAGCACAAAAUAACUGCAUGCCUAUAUUGUACAUUAUAGUAAAUAAGUGAGGGUGUUUUAAGUAUAACAGCAUAAGUAAAGUCAUACCCACCAUUUUAAUUAUAACAUCAUCCCUGGUUGCAAUAUUACAAGCUGAGAGUGAUGUUCUGCACAGUUUCAGCCAUUUAAGCUGUUAAUGUUUGUCCUAAUGAACAAUGUUAGCUGUUUCAUUUGCAGUAUAGAAUAGAAGAAUCAUAUGAUAUUGAGUAAAUCUGAUGUUUAUACCACAAACUGGAAACAUAAAGCAUCUAAUUAGAGUCAAUAAAAGUCAGUGAAACUUACUUCAUGUGAUCUUCUUUGAUUCUGUGCAGCAUAUUUUUUAAAGAAAACAUACUGUAUGAACAUCAGUGUGCAGUUUAGGAUUUUCUACAGUCCCUGCGAUGCAUGCAUAUCUAUCUAUCUAUCUA